AUGGCCGACCAAAAGCUUCACCCCGCUGUAACCGUAUCAAACAUUAAGACCUUUGUUCCAAUCACCCUGGAUCACGAAGCGUCGGACUAUAACACUUGGUCCGAACUGUUUCGCCUCCACUGCACCGCGUACCUUGUUGCUGAUCACCUUUCUCCUCGGACACCACUCGCUGCCGCUGACAAAGACAAAGACAAAGAGACUAGUGGCUCUUCAUCAUAUCCAGCCGACUCUUGGGAGCGGCUAGAUGCCAUCGUACAUCAGUGGAUGUACGGUACUAUCUCUACGGAACUUCUCAAGACAGUCAUCAAGACCCGAACCACUGCUUACGAUGCCUGGAAGGCCAUUGAGUCUUUGUUCCAGGAUAACAAAGCCACUCGUACAUUGUUUCUGAAGCAAAAGUUUGCCACCACUCGCUUGGAAAACUUUUCCUCCAUGGCGGCGUACUGUCAAGAACUCAAGGUUCUCUCUGAUCAACUGAGCAAUGUCGACGCUCCCGUCGAUGAACAGACGCUUGUUCUACAGACCAUUGCUGGUCUUACGGAACAAUAUGAAACCGUCGGUACCAUCCUACAGAAUACCAAACCUCUACCCUCCUUCUUUGACGUCCGUUCUCAACUUUGCAUGAACGAGACCACCAAAGCAAAUCAUGCCCUUCACUCCGCCACCCAAGCCUCUACCGCCCUCCUUGCCCAAAACAGACCCAACUACUCACAUUCCACCCCUAACCAGUCCACUGCCUCCCCUAAUGCUUGUGACACCAGCCGGGGCCGAGGUCGCUCUCGCGGCCGAGGCCGAGCCUCCUCCUCUCAAUCCUAUCGCUCAUCCAACCCUCCUCAAACUAAUCACCCCUACAUUAUUUUCCCUAACAACUGGACCUAA